AUGUACAGUAAAGUAUUGGGGCAUUUUAAUAAAGACGAAUUAACUACAGCAUUUGUGAAUUCACGUUGUUCCGACUUGGUGCUAUAUCCAAUUAGUUCUGUGGAUCAGAAUGAUCAGUAUCGCUUUGACUACAGUGAUGUAAGCUUUGGAAAUACGCAUAGCCAAGGAGCAACUGUUGCCAUUACCUGCACAUCCAACGGUCAACCGGCUACGGUUGAAGGAUAUGAUCAACAACGAGCAUCAAUAUCAUCAGCACCAAGCUUAUUAGCCACCUGUACAAAUGUUGGUGGUUCACAGUAUACCUGGACAAUACUUGGACGAAUUCUGCACUUGAUCUAUAAAACUUCAUCAACUGAUUAA